AUGAUUGCCAUCGUCGUCAUCCUCUGCUGUUUGGGCUUCAUUUUGGCCGACGAAACUGCCCACAAGCAUGAAGACUUUCACUGCAACAAACAUGUUCUAAUGGAACACAUGAAACGGCUGAAUCUGACCAACAAGUUGGGGGGAAAGUUCUACCAUCAGUUGUUUCAAUCACUGCCGGAGGCGAAGUCGCAGUUCGCAGAGCAUUUCGACAAGCUUGAAGACGUCGAGAAUAUGAAGUACUACCAGCAGUUGGGCCACUCCUUAUUAAGCCUAUUAAAGGAGCUGCCAGAACACUGCGAUGACGACCAUGCUCUUAAGCAAGAGAUCAUGAAAAUCAAGAAGAAGCAUGACGAGAAGCACGUCGAUGCUAAAAUGUUCAAGAAAUCGAAGCCCGCCAUUUUGAAGUUCCUCACCGACAAUACGCAGAUGACCAACGAAGAGAAGGAAGCUUGGGAUCACUUGAUUACUCACUCGCUGCACUUGUACUCGGAAUUGGAAGGUCAUUCAGAGGAGCAUGAACAACAUUAA